GCUUCCGGUUCGAGUUUGUUUACAAUGGAAAGAUAAUAUUGUGAUGGUAUUUUGGAAGAGUUUUUGAAAUGGAGCGUCCUGAUAAAGAAAGCAGGGACAUAUCAGAGUGUCCAUCGGACUCAGCUGAGGCUGGCAAGGCUAGUGUAUGUGAAGGAUGUCCAGGACAAGCCUACUGCCAAUCACAAGGUGGAGUGGACCCAGACCAGGAGGGGAUAGAUCUACGCAUGGGAGCAAUCAAACACAAGAUACUUGUGCUCUCAGGAAAGGGAGGUGUAGGUAAAUCUACUGUGGCAACUUUGCUGGCAGAAGCUCUGGCUUCAAGGUCACAGAAAGUGGGUGUGAUUGAUCUUGACAUUUGUGGACCCAGUGUCCCUAAGCUACUGGGUGUGGAAGGAAAGCCCAUUGUCAACUCACAGUAUGGAUGGAAACCUCUGGUAUCCCCUCAUUACAACAUCAAAGUGAUAUCUGUUGGGUCCCUGUUAGCAUCUGACACCAACUCUGUGGUUUUCAGGGGACCACGUAAAUCAGGUUUGAUAAAAAGGUUCAUCAAGGACACCUACUGGGGUAGACUUGACUUCCUUAUCUGUGAUACACCUCCAGGAACCAGCGAUGAACAUUUAACUGUUAUAAAAGCACUCAAAAAUGUGAAACCAGAUGGAGCUGUCAUUGUGACAACGCCGCAGGCCGUAGCAUUGUCAACCAUUCGUAAAGAAAUUAAUUUCUGCAAAAAGAUGGGUGUUCGGGUGCUGGGCUUAGUGGGGAAUAUGGAGAAUUACAUCUGUCCAUGCUGCGGAGAAUCAAGUGAGUUGUUUCCUUCUGAAGGUCUGGACAACCUUGCUGCUGAGUUCAAUAUCCCAAUCAUCGGCAGACUUCCUUUGGAUCAGGAGGUCAUGAAGUGCUGUGAGAUGGGAGGAAACGUCAUUGGAGAUCUUCAGACUUCGCCUAUUGUUGUCAAGGUGCUGAACAUGGCAGAGGACAUAAGAACCAUGGUGGAUAAUUUAUAAUGGGUUAUACAUGUUUUACUUAUAUGUAAAACAUGUUCAAAAUAUGUCAUUACUUACGAUGAAACAUUUUCCUCUAAAAAGGAAAUUGUCAUAUGGACAUCAAACUCUACUUAUCCAAUUAUAGCUAUAACAAACUAAUUUCUUAGGUUCCAGAUAUAUUCAGUUAUUAUAACGUUGUCAGAGGUGUCAAAAAGUAGUGGACAAAUAUACAGUAAAACAUGGUCAUUGAAUUUGGUAACAGUAAGUUCAUACUUAUAAUGAAAUAUUUUUUCCUCUGACAAGAAAUUGUCAUAUGGACAUCAAACUGUACUUAUCCAAUGAUAGCUUUAACAAACUAAUUUUUUUAGUUGCCAGGGCACUCCUUUACUUUUCUUAUGCGAUUUUCCUUUCGUCCGUUGGGUAGGAAACCCCUUAGAUCUCCUGGUGAAGAAACCAAAAGCCUUAUGGCACUUCUAAAAUGAUUCCAGUACUGGUAAUUUGAUUUUAUGUUUAUCAGUGAUAUGUACAUCUUUUAUAUGAUUUUUUAGGAGCAUUUCAUAUUUCAGAUUGAAAGAAAAGCAGACUGCUUUAUAUUGGCUGAUCCAUUUACUUCAGAUAUUUAUACUAAAUUACAGAAAACUCCAGAAACUCUAAAUUUUAAUAAAAAAAUAAAAAAAUGAUCCUUGGCCUUUUAAAAUUCUAGCAAGAAAGUCAUUAGAUCUUAUAUCAAUUGUCGAUCAUGAGGUUAUUUCUUCUUCUUGAAGAUUUAAGGGUUUUUUUUCUUCAAUUUUCACUAAGCUUUAUUUUAUAAGACAACUUUGUGAGCUUUAGUAAGAUGAUGACAGUCCUUUUAAUCAGCCGGCUAUUCUAUUCAUCAUUUAAAAAUCUCAGAAAGCAAAUUCAGUUGGAUAGAUUUCAUAUUGCCCGACUUGUAAUCAAGGUUUGUGGCUAUGUACAGGUGCCCAAAUCUGGAUAGCCUCCCCUAGUUUAGUAUGUUAGUAUACAGGCAUUUAAUGUGCAUCAUAUAAAUGUUGAUUAAUCAAAUAUCAUGUAUUUCCUGUUGUUACCAGAAUAGUGAUUAUCAAAGUAAGAAAUAUUUGGUCAAUUGCAGAGAGAAUGAAAUAUUUAUAUAUUUUUGAACAUUUAGAGCUUGAAUGUUGUAGAUGCUGACAACUGUGUUGACCUUGGACUUGCAGUCAUUUGUAGGUCAAGGUCAUCCUAUAAUAUGUGUUAUACAAGUGUGUAGAAAUUUUAUAUUAGGACAAUAUAAAUAAAUAAGUUUUGUACAUUAAUCAGAAAUCCUGUUUUGUAAUAAAAUGGUUAAAUACAAACAACAUGUUUUUAUCUUUCAUAUCUUGUCCUGUACAUAAACGAUGA